GAUGCGGUUCAACAUGCAGAUCUUCGUGAAGACCCUGACCGGCAAGACCAUCACCCUCGAGGUUGAGCCCAGUGACACCAUUGAGAAUGUGAAGGCUAAGAUCCAGGACAAAGAAGGCAUUCCCCCUGACCAGCAGAGGCUGAUCUUUGCCGGCAAGCAGCUAGAAGAUGGCCGCACCCUGUCUGACUACAACAUCCAGAAGGAAUCCACCCUGCACCUGGUGCUGCGUCUCAGGGGCGGCAUGCAGAUCUUCGUGAAGACUCUGACCGGCAAGACCAUCACCCUCGAGGUUGAGCCCAGUGACACCAUUGAGAACGUGAAGGCUAAGAUCCAGGACAAAGAAGGCAUUCCCCCUGACCAGCAGAGGCUGAUCUUUGCUGGCAAGCAGCUAGAAGAUGGCCGCACCCUGUCCGACUACAACAUCCAGAAGGAAUCCACCCUGCAUCUGGUGCUGCGUCUCAGGGGCGGCAUGCAGAUCUUUGUGAAGACCCUGACUGGCAAGACCAUCACCCUCGAGGUUGAGCCCAGUGACACCAUUGAGAAUGUGAAGGCUAAGAUCCAGGACAAAGAAGGCAUUCCCCCUGACCAGCAGAGGCUGAUCUUUGCCGGCAAGCAGCUAGAAGAUGGCCGCACCCUGUCCGACUACAACAUCCAGAAGGAAUCCACCCUGCAUCUGGUGCUGCGUCUCAGGGGUGGUUGUUAGUUACUGUGUAUCUUGCCCUACAGGGUUCUGCAAUAUCAUUUGUGUUUUGCGUUGUAGUUCUUCCAUGUCUUAAUAUUGUAAGUUAAAUGCAAGCUUAAGUUACUGCUGAAGUUUGUGUCAAGCUAAUAAAGAUUGGUUGUUGCAAGU